AUCUCCACUUCCUACCCACACAUUUCCGCGAUACUUUCGAGCUCCCCCGCCCCGCCCAGCGUCAACAACCAAGCUUGCACCAAUCCAUCCCACCACUUCACACUCACUCCCGGGAGUCUUCGAUGGCGUCGUCAGCCACUGCGAACCCUGACUCGCGUCCGGGAACUCCAGGAACGACCCGGAGCCGCUCCGCACAGAUUCGUACAUCGACCCUCCGUUCCACGAGCUCCACAUCGUCGCUCAGCUCGCUCUUCUCCGCCUCCCCCCUGAAGGAUGGAUUGUCGGGAGGCCGAAGAUCGGCGGAUCAGUACGAUGCGCGAUCCCUUAUCUACCGCGCGUUUGUUCCGCACAUCGCCGUGCAUGUCUCCGCCGACACCGACGAGCUCGCACGCGAAAAAGGAUUUGCGAGCUUCCACGAGAUGCUACGGCCCUACGGCGACGACCUACAGGGACGGCUAACGGUCAGGGACUCGGUGGGCAGCAGCAAUAGCUUUGAUGACUUCGGAGUGAGGUUCGUGGGAUUACGGGAGAUGGCUGCGUCGGGUGAGAAUUGGGAGACAGGAAUAUCCGCCUGGGCGAAUGGACGGGGCACUGCGUCGGCGGGGGAGAAGGGUUCCGCUGGGGGAGCAGGGUCGCAGAAGGUUUUCGUGGGAGGUAAUAUAGAUGAAGUUGAAGAGCUGGCCAAUCUACACCUGGAACGGAACGAAGAGGAUCUUCUGGAAGCGUCCUCCCCCGUUGCAAAUGGUGGUGGCAGCGGUAAUGGUGGAGGAGGAGGAGGCGGUGCUGGUGCUGCUGCUUCUCCGCCGUCAGAUCACCUGUUCUAUCUCCAUUUCCUCCGCAGGCUACUCUCGGCAAUGCCGGUAUCGCCCCACGAAACGUUUUCACAUCCAGUAGCAUGUGUCAUUGCAAUAUCUUCACGAAACCAAUCGCCCAUCGAGACUCUGCGCAACCUCUACGCCUCCGGAAACGAUGUGAACAUGCCGCAAUAUGUAAACAAUGACUACUUGAGAUACUACGUUCUGGUCCACGAUGAAGAUAGGGACGACAUUCAGAAAUCUACAACGUUAUUCGACCAGAUGAAGAAACACUUUGGCUUGAGCUGUCACCUGUUACGCCUUAGGUCGGGAGGGAAAACUGCGGUCACAGACGACGAUGCGGUCAUGGUGCCGACAAGUCAAUGGCGCUCGGCGGCUGAGGAGCUUGCGAGCAUCCGUGCGAAAGAUGCCGAGGACACCCCACCGUUAUGCCUCCCCGAGACGGACGCAUCAGGAAUCCAGACGAUGGUACGAGAGAUGACACAAAUGAGCGUAGUGCCGUUCAUGGAGCGGUGCAUUGCAACAUGGAACGACCAGGUCGCAUCCAGGCGGCGAGGACUUAGCGGAAGGUUUCUGUCCAUGUCCAAGCGGUAUUUCGGCAGUACUUCCACACGAAGUUCGACCUCAUCUUCAAGUAACUACGAUCCCGUGUCGGCAUCCUACCCUCCCUCCACGCCCGAGGCUCAGAUGCGAAAGUUGGCGGACUUCGCAUUCAUGCUUAGGGACUGGAAGCUAGCACACAGCGUCUAUGACCUCUUGCGGACAGAUUUUACAAAUGACAAAGCGUGGAAACAUCACGCGGCUGCUCAUGAAAUGACCGCAGUAAGCAUGAUCCUAACCGGCACACCCCUCUCGCACAAGGUCCGACAAGAAACGAUAGAACCGAUGAUCGACCUUGCCUGUUACUCCUACGUCGCCCGCUGUUCAGCAACCUACUCCGCACUCCGCUGCCUCCUCGUCUCGGUGGAGCUCCUCCGCCUCCGCGGCGGCGGCGCAGUCGACGAAGCUGCCAAAUGGGCGAUGCGUGCUCGUGACUCCAGCUCCCUCGGUCCGAUCGGCCAUGCCCUUGUCACCGAGCGCGUCGGCGAUUGCUACGUGAUGCGGCAGGGGCGUGGAUCACAAGCCCUUGGCAGUAGGAAGCGAAAAGCGGCCAUGUGGAAGAUGCUCGCAGCUAACGAGUGGGUCGCCGCUGGGAAAACCACACGCGCACGGCAUUGUCUGGACGAUGCGCUGCCGCGCUACGAGGACACUAGAUUCGAUGUAAUCAAGGGGUUUGCGGACUCGCUGAAGGCACGGACGGGAUACACACCCUUGUCUGGGCGAAAUGUGGGGAAUCUGGUAGAUGAUGACGACGACGACGAUGAAUGCCUCGAGCUCGGGAGCAAACGCAAGAGCAUCGUCAUGUCCCCCAGUGGUGUGGAGGACUCGAGGGUCGCGGAGGAUGAUAAGUUUGUCGAGAGCUAAGGGAGGCGGGUUUGUACUGGGGCGUAAUCACUAAUGUUGUUUUUUGUAACGUUGGGAAGUGGAUGCUUAGCAUGGCGUUUGGGCGUUCCUGGAUUGAAUGGUUGUCCGUUGGCUUCGAGAGGAAUCAUGUGUUGUGUAUAAUUUUCCUACACUAGAUGAGAACGCUUAGGUCCAGACUUCGGAGAGGAGAGGAGGAUGGAAGAGCGAUAUUCUGUAGUUAUAUUCGCAAAGGCAAGGAAUUUACGUG